GUAGACUCAAGUAGUGUUUUUGGUUCUCGAUGAGGACGAGUAAGUACUUUACCUUACUUUUCACAGGAUAGGUUACCAUAAGUAAUAGUGUAUUAGUUGCGAUAUUUUGUUUGUUUUGCCAUCUUCGUUGAUUAAAAUGCUAUGCUGAACGACGAUUAAAACUUUUAUCUGGAGAAUCCCGGUCAGCAGAUGAACAGACUGCGCCGAAUCGUUCGGAGACUAUCCAUGGCUGAGAAUGGCGAAUCCCAUAACAAUGGCUCGGGGGAUAGUCAACAUCGCGAAGAUACCUCUGCAUCCAGCUCACGCAACUUCGAUCUGACGCUCCCCAGUCGACAUACCUAUCUUGGGGAUUUGCGCGAAGUGUCGAGCACCCCGUAUUAUCCCGAAGGCGAUUUAGUUCUGCUCCCUGUAGUCCAUAUUCCCGAUGUAGUUCUGAUGCCACAUCAGCAGAUUCCGAUCAAUGUGGAGCCUUACGAACUGGAUCUCAAUCCCAUUCUCAACGAUCUGCUGGAUGUGGAACAUCAGCGUAAAGGAUUCGUGUGCAUGGCUGCACAAACGGGACACGAUGAGCAUUUUUUGUCCAUGCAUCCAUAUUACUAUUUUGGAACCAUCGCCUCGGUUGUUCGCAUCGAGAACUCUGAUGUUCAGCACGGCGAAGACGAAGGAAUCCGCAUGAUUGUCAAGGGAUGUCAGCGGUGUUAUUUGAAGAAAUCAGUCGUUGAAGGUGGCGCGAUCUACCAGAAACACUACGGAUGGUUCCGCAUCUUACCAGUAUGUACCAUGCCGAACCCUCUGGCGCAGGCAACGCCGAACGAGUGGAAAACAGCGCUUGCAUCCGUUAACUGUCGCAGUUUCGGAGCCUACUGUACUUCCUUGAUGCCUCCCGUAUUCUCCACACUGGAAGUCAACUCUUUGGUCGAAGCCAUAACUGCAGAGAUCAAAACGUGGCAGAUGACCGAUGGUUAUCCUCAAGAUCCCCUUGAUUUCUCGUACUUUGUGGCGUCUAAUUUGCCGGUAUCGGCCCAGACCCGGUUGCAGUUAUUGGGCGCCGUGAGCACUGCUCACCGUUUGCGAGCGUGUCUGAAAAUGCUUCGAGCCUACAACCAGCUGGACUGUUUUGAUUGUCACACCAUGGUGGCUGCGAAAGAGGACGGCAUCUGCAUGACCCGCGAAGGUCUGACCACGGCUUACAUGAAUCCGGGCGGUCUGACUCAGGAAAUCUUUACAGUAAAGAAAGUCUCUCCGAAUAUUUAUUUUCAUGGCAAGCCCACGUUGGAGUUUACCUGGUUUCCCGGAUACACAUGGAGGCAUGCUGCAUGUGGAACAUGCCAUAGCCACCUGGGAUGGCGGUAUGACGCAGUGCGUAAAGAUAUGCAUCCACAGCAGUUCUUUGGUCUGCAGCGUGAAGAAGUCUUACCUAGUAUCAAUCCGACAACGCAGAUGAACCCGGAAGAACGGCUGCGCUAUAUCGAAGAGCAAAUGAUGGAAAUGAUGCCAAUCACAUAUCGCGAGCUCUGAAGGAUUAGAGUAGCGGCGAUCUGGUGACAAUAGUUCUUUCGUUUCUAUUACAUGUAAGUGCUUAAGUUCUUGUAACUAGCAAAAAGUAUAAACUACCAGAAAGUAUUGUAUGGAAACAGAAGUUGCGAGAACCUUGCAUCGUGACUUUAGAGUUGUUCAUUUUAAGAUCCAGCAUGACACACCUGUACAUACAAUUUAAUUAUGUGAAUAUGUUGAAAGGUUUCUUCUGUAAAUAAAUAUGUAUUAAUAUGGUUUUCUUUGUUAUCGAUCCAUAUGUAUUUUUAAUGACGGAGUGAAAACUUGGUUGGAAACUUGAAAGAACUGUGGAUGUGAUACCGUUGUUCCGUUUGCAAUACGUCUUGACUACGUUGUGUCAAACGUUUGUUAGUUUAAUAAAGCUGCAGGAGGCAGA